AUGGAGUGCGCGCUGGACGCCCAGAGCCUGAUCAGCCUCUCGCUGCGCAAGAUCCACAUGUCGCGCACGCAGCGCGGCGGGCUGAAGCUGCACAAGAACCUGCUGGUCUCCUACGUGCUCCGCAACGCCCGGCAGCUCUACCUGAGCGAGCGCUACGCCGAGCUCUACCGCCGCCAGAGCAGCGCCCUGCCCGGCCAGCCGCCGCACCCGCUGUACCUCGACGGAGCCGCCGCCGCCGCCGGCGCCCUGCCCUUGCCGCCCGCGCCCACCCUCGGCGCUCCCCCGACGCUGGGCGAGCUGGCCGCCGCCGCCGACUUCCAGACGCUGCCCGCCAACGCCGGACCCGACGGCCUCCAGCUGCGGAGCUGCGCCCUGGCCAGGCCGGACUCGCCGUCCAUGCUGCUCCUGCCGCCGCCGCCGCCGCCCACCGACGACGCUGCUUUGGGGCUGCCCGGCGCGGCGGGCGUGUGCCGGGACUCGCCGCUGCCCUUCUACCCGCCGCGCGGCUACCCCAGCUCGGGCUCCGCAGGAGGAGGAGGAGGAGGCGGCAGCGGAGGCGGCGGGGCUGACUUCGGGAUCCCGUGCGCGCCCUCGGGGAUGCCGCCGUCGGGGCCCGCGGCGCACUGCUCGAGCCGCACCACCGUGCUGGAUCUGGACACGCACGUGGUGACCACGGUGGAGAACGGCUACCUGCACCAGGACUGCUGCUGCGCGCCCUGCCCGCCAGGCGGCCUCGUCCCCGCCGUCGUGGCCUCCUCUGCCAGCUGCUGCCCGCCGCCACCGCCGCUGCCUCCGCCCAGCCCGGGCGCCAAGCGCAACUCGCCGGACGCUUCCAACAUCUCCAGCCUGAUCUCCAUCUUCGGCUCCAGCUUCAGCGGCUUGGUGAGCCGGCCGGCGCCAGCGGCACCGCCGUCGGACUCGGAGCAGCUCUCCAGCGGACAGCUGUGCGGCAAACAGGCGCUGGCGAGUUUGGGGGCUUGGACGCGGGCCAUCGUGGCCUUUUGAGAGCGGCCGGGGUC